AUGGCCGCGCGGCCGCCCCCGCCGCUGCCGGACGAGAUCGUGGAGGAGAUCCUCGUCCGCGUCCCGCCGGACGACCCCGCGCGCCUCGUCCGCGCCGCCCUCGCGUGCAAGCGCUGGCGCCGCCUCGUCUCCGGCCCGAGCUUCCGCCCGGCGUCGACGCCGACGGCGGCGGCGGCGGAACCGUACGCUUCAUCCCCGCCUGGUCCUCCCGCCGUGCCCCGCGCCGACCGCCGCGCCGGCUGGCGCGCGCUCGACUCCCGCAACGGCCGCGUCCUUCUCCGCAGCGAUUCGUGCCGGCCCUGGCGCGAUCCCGCCGGCGCCCCCGCUCUCGCCGUCUGGGAUCCCGUCGCGGACGAGCUGCGGGAACUGCCCGCGCUGCCGGAUUUCCCGGGCGUGUACGCCUUCAAAGCCGCGGUGCUCUGCGCGGAAUGCUGCGACCACCUCAACUGCCGCCGCGAGCCUUUCGUCGUGGUGAUUGUCGCCGCUCGCCCCGCGGGGUCGUCCGCCUACCUGUACACAUCGGAAGCUGAUGCCUGGAGUGAGCCGACCUCUGCUCCGCACUCUGUUUUGCUUUUCGAGGGGAAGCGUAGCGCUCAUGCGGGGAACGCGCUCUACUUCGUCUUCACGGUUAUCACUAGGCCUAGAAUCCUCAAGUACGAUUUGGGCACACGGGAAAUGGCUGUGAUUCACCCACCGCCUAUGUCCAACCAGCACAUCGUGCUCAUGACUGCAGAGGGUGGUGGGCUGGGAUGCCUCAGGAUCAAGGGGUCCGGACUCCACCUGUGGUUGUGGGAGGCUGAUCCUAAUGGAGAUAUGAGAUGGGCACAGAGCAGAGUCAUAGAACACGAGACGCUGGUCCCUGAGGGUGCCUUCGUGGUGUCAUUUGAUGUUGUUGGCUUUGCGGACGGUGGUGGUAUGGUUUACCUGGGGACUAAGGAUGGAUUUUACAUAGCUGAUUUGAAGUCCAGGUGCCUCAGGAAAGCAGAAGGGGUCAAUGGCAUGGAUGAAAUUAUGCCGUACAUCAGCUUCUAUACUCCAGGUACACCUCUGCUGAGUCUUUGA